UGGUUAGCAAGCCAGUAAAGUGAUGCACUAAACUCUCAUAGAAGAAGAUCAAAUCUUUAUUUUUUCAAGAUAUUCCUUCAUUUUUUCCUCAAAAUCCACGCAAUCAGGAUUGUGGUUUUUGCUUCUGGAAUCCAAGAAAAUGGAUUCAGAUGAUAUCAAAUGGAAAAGUGUUCAAACUACCUCAAGGGAAAUAUUGCAUUACAGUAACAAGAUUACUGGCCAGCAGAAGUGGACUAAUAAAAAUUGUUAUUGUUCAAAGCCAAAGGAUCCAUUACAACCUACCUUGCCUUGCUGUUACAAAAUGCCUUCUAUGACUCUUAAAUCAACUGGAAAAGAAUGGGCAGAACACAGUUAUGCUAGAAGAAAAACCCAGCCCUCGUUAUCAAAGAAACUUUAUUGUUUGGGUGACAUCGUCAAUGAAGUUCAGAAGUCUUUUCUCACCAAGGGACAUGCAAAACACAAAAAAAGAAAAGAAGACGUCACUUUGGAUUUCAAAGAUCUCAUUACUACUGAAGACCCCAAGAGUGACGUCAGAAUCAUCAAGGCUUCCCGAAAUGACCAGACUACUGAACUGUCCAAAAAUGCCGUCAUUUUAGUAAAAGAUUCCCAAAACGACGUUAAUGUUAGUAAGCAUUCCAAUAAUGACGUAGAAGUUACCAAUAAUUCAAAAAUUGACAACGAUUUUGUAAAAGUUUUCAAAGACGACGUCAAUGUUACAAUGGAUACCAAAACUGAUGACGGUAGUUUCACAUAUAUAAAGGACACGAAAAAUGACAUCACUACGAAGGAUAAUUCCAUUAGUGACGUCAGUGUUUCUAAAGAUCCUUCACUUCUUGCCAAAGAUUAUUUAAUUGCCACUAAGAACACAAAACAUGACGUCACUGGUAGUGAUAAUUAUUUCAGUUAUGGCGUCACUGUUGCCAAGCAUCCAAUUGAUGUUAUUGUCACUGCGGAUAUGAAAAAGGAAGUCAGUGAGGAUAAAGAUUCUGAUUUCAAUAAUGACGUCACUGUUAAGAAUGACACUAGGAAUAAGGAAAAUGGUUUCAAUAAUGACGUCACUGUUGUCAAGGACCUUAAAGAUGAUAUUGUUGCUACGGAUAAGGAAAACGACGUCAGUGAGGCUAAAGAUUCGAAUGACUUUGUUUCAAAAGAACCAAGUAAAAUGAAAGAGAAAGUCACCAUACAAAAGAGGGGUUUAAAAAGAAAGAGAGAAGCCAGCGAUAACAUCAAUGGUUAUAAAGGAAGACUGCGAGUUCGUCGAAAUAAGAUAGAAAGAACAAUUCGUAGAAAAUACAGAAGAAGAAGAACUUUGAAAAGUGAGGCUGUUUCAAGUGAAUCCGUUCAGCCUAAAACUGUUGAUACUCCUAAAAAUCCAUCCAAGAAGAAGAAGUUGGAAGUGGACAACAAAGUAUUGCAAGCAGACUAUGAUUUAAUUGAACAAAGUAUCGUUGAAAUUGACCGCUACACUUCUGGUUAUUCAGUUAAACUUAACAAACCCAGUUUUGAUUUGGGAAGUCAACGCCUAAAUAUCGAAGGGAGUGUGCCUGGAACGUCCAACGCGAUUCCAGGAAGAAUUGAAAUUCAAGGAAGGAUUGAAAACCCUUCUACAACCCUAAGCUCCACGAAUCAUGAUCUCAGAACAACAUCGGGAAAAAAACACAAUGAAGCAUCAGAACUUCUUGUUGAUGUGAGUCAUGUUCGAUUUAUUGACGAACAAUUCAUUCAAAUGAACAUACCAUUCCAAAGUUUAGUAGCUGAAGUUAACGGCAAAAAGAGUAGAAAGUCGAAAACGAUUGGUAGUGUAGAGAAGAAAAAUCCAGUCUCUAGGAGAAAGCGCCAAAAACUAUUACCUAGAAUUGCGUCUUCAGAACUCUCUUCAAAUAGCCCAGGUGUUACCCAAAAUAGUAGAGUUUCUGCUUCGAGCAGUUGUAUCACCGUCUCUUCAGUCACACCAAGUUUAUCUUCGCUCAAAAGUGUGUCAGAAACUGGCAGAGAAUCCAUUCAAGCCAUGUCUCAGGUAAACAACACAGAAGAGUCAAACUCGAAGACUUUGUCUUCAUCAAACUUGACAAAUACUAACCAGUCUCCCUCAAAGUCUCGCAAAUGGAAUUUUCCGCCGAAUAGAAACCGAAGUCAAAGAUCAUUGAACGAAAUUGUCAACUGUAUGAAUAGCCCGAACAAGGUCGAGGUACCAAUUUCGUCGACCUUGCCCGUGACGAGCUGGUUAACGAUCUUUUCAAAAGAGGCGAAAAAGGUUAAGAAAUCUAACCGAGAUAUCGACGAGAAUGACUUAAGCGACAAUGGAACUUCCUUGAACAAUGAGCAAUUAGGUGGACCUAGUUGUGCGACUGAUAAUCAUGGAGCUUAUUGUCCAGAAUCUGAACCUUCCGUAUUUGGUCACAUUGAGAAUGUUUUCAGUCUAACUUGCAUGCAGCAGACGCCAAGUGUAGAAUCUGUUCAGCAAGCUGGUUCCAAUUCCAGGUCAAGUGUUAAACAUAAUUCAAAAAGAACUGGUUCUCCAAAAGAAGAGGCCGGUGGAAAAACCAAAAAUACUUGUGAAGCUGGGGCAAAUACGAUAGAGGCAAAGCAGUUAUUCCAGACACCGGAGCAAGCGAGAAAUGUUACCGAAGUUCCAGCUUGUUAUGUUGAUCUGUCUUGGCGAAUUGUCACUUCAAAUGACGGGCAUUCAUCGUCUCUUAGUAACUUCUUCAAGCUCGUUCCAGUAACUAUUGCACGAGGUCCAAGUGGUACAGUGGAUGGACAGGAACCCACGUCUUUUCUUGGUGUACCUAUACACGGAGGUCCAGCUGUCAUCGCUAAGAUCUUGAACACUUCUGUUGCUCAGAACUGCAAUGAAAUUUUUUCCAUAAGGCGCAGACCGAAUAUUGAAACUGCUGGGACUUACAUCAAAAAGUCGACUCUGUCUUUCGUUUGGGAUAAUGAUGCUGUUCUUGUCAACUCUGAGUCGCUAAAAGCAGGGAAUUUGUCUGGAAAAGAUGUGAAACCAAGGCCUCCGAUAUGGAUGGAUAAUUGUAAUAGAGUGUCGAUAGUUCUGCCAAAACCAUUACGACUGCCAGCGGCCGGAAAUGUUAUUUAUUUAGGCGACUUUAACGUGAGAGUCAAUUAUGUCGAAUUUGUAGUUACUCACUCUGUGGUGGUAACGAAAUCACCUCGGCCAAGUCUGACAGUCCCUUCAGGAACUCCGUUAAAUUCUACUUCGACUUUUAGUCAAGCUAUAAGGUGUCUUUCACCUGGGAAGGCAAAGAAAGUUGUGCAAGCAGCAAAGAAAGUUGCUUUGGACAGAAAGGCACAGAAAGGUGACAUUACGACUUUCCAAAAGUGUGUUUUUUGUGGAACUGAAUUGAUGUGCCAGAGAGAUGUGAAGAUGCAUCGAAAAUUGCAUACUUCUUUUGCGGGGACCAAGUGUAGUGAAUGCAAUAGACGCUUUGAAAAUGGCGGUCGGUUGUCUGUCCACCUCAAUAGUCACAAGUGCCACUGGCUUCACGUCUGUGCUAUAUGUAAAAGUCCAUACGGAACUCCGAAGUUUCUAACCCCCGUGGAUCUCGCCAAGGAUUAUUACAAGAUGUGUCUUCCUUGUCGUCGAAAGGAAUUGAAGUGCAAAAAGUGCACUGAGAGGUUGUUGACAUUUGAAGAUCUUAAACUUCACUUGAAAGAGAAGCAUGGCCUCAACUGUCCAAUUUGCAAACUCAGUUUUUUCUUUAAGCGAGAUCUAAUCAAACACAUGAAUAUCCAGCAUGGUAUAAUAUCGCCGUCUGCUAGCACCACUAGGUCGUGAUUUAAAUCCAAUUACUUUUUCAUAUGCACCUGUUAAUUUUACACUGGAGAAUUUUCUGACGCCUUAGGGGAGAUCGUCAAAAAGAGGAGUGAACCCUAUGUUUAUUUUCAUUAGUAUYCAAAAUUGACUUGCAUCUGCUUAGUAUUAUUGAUGGAUGCAUUAGGUGAACAAGAUGUAUUUUGACCUCAUUCCCAUUCUCAGAAAGGAUAAUCAUAGCUUCUUCUUGUAAUUGAAGAUCUAUUUUCUAAUUCUUCGUUUGCACGUGACGUCAUAGAGCAAGAAAAUAACAACUUAAAAUUAAUUAUGAAUGCUAUAAACUCGAUUCUUCGAUAUGUUUUGGAGAACUAUGAUGUGACUAAGUGUAGAAAAUUUCAGAUCGUUUCAUCGUUUUGUUUCCGAGUUGUGCAAAUUUGAUUUUCUUCAUGUAAUUCUGACACUUCUUACGGGUCUGAAAAGUCAUAAAAAUGAAAAAGAAAUCGCUAAAUGAAAUAUUUUUAUUGUUUUAAAUGUCUUAAGUUCGAYUUAUGUAUGUCUAAAGUGAGUUUGAUAUUGUUGCCUGCGUGAAAUAUUUUUUUAAAUUUGGCCUCCAUUGCUGGUGGACCAAAUUAGUCCACCAGUGAGUUUUCGCCAUAUAUUUACACUAUAAAAUCGGAAACUUCAUUCGAACAUAGCUCGUUUCAGAAAUGCUCUAAUGCUCCAAUUUUUAGCUCAAAGUUUCAUUAUUGGUGGCUCUGCAUGGUCAUUAGGAUUGUUUUUUGAUUGGAACCGAAAAAUAUCCUGGCACCAGCAAUAACCACGUGGUUGCAAACGAAGAAUUUGAUGUAUUAUUAUUAUUAUUCAAUUGGGGUGUAAAGAUACCAAAAAAUUUGUUUCUUUUUUCUCAAAUUUGUGAUAUUUUCCUGAAAGAUUGCUUCCAAGAAGCAAACAAAUGUUAUUUGUUAGGCCAUCUAAGUGCUGCAUAUUGAUUGCCUGAUACAAACCGGAAAUAUAGACCAAGACCGGAAGUAGACUUAAAUUUAAGUGUUGAGAAUGCUGACAUUGUUGUUAUACUAUUGAAUUAUAAUUAUAGUCCAUAGAUUAUUAGUAAACUUUGAUUACUAUAAA